UAUGACUAAACCUUAGUAGUUACAACUUGAUUGGAUUAUACAUUAAAGCUAAAAAAAUUUUUUAAAAAAGAAUUGCAGAGUCAUCCAUGAAUGAUUAACACAGACGGACGAGCUAAGGUUAACGUUGAGACUAGCACAAAGACAAACAAAAAAUUGGGAAACUGAGCACUUCGCAAGCUGGAUGGUGUUCACACCGCUAUCCACACGUCUAACAACAUGUCUUCCCGGACGGUUCCACCGCCGCAACGUCUGCGGACCCACCUGACGGUUCCUCACCGUCACAUGUUUGGAGCCGGACCCUCCAAUGUUCCGCUGCGCAUCUUGCAGGCCGGCGCCAAUCCCGUUAUUGGACACAUGCAUCCAGAGAUUUUUGAGAUAAUGGCCGACAUCCGGAGCGGAAUCCAGUACAUGUUCCAGACUCGGAACCUGGUGACUUUUGCGGUGAGCGGCACGGGCCAUGCCGCCAUGGAGUGUGCAAUCUUUAACGCUGUGGAGGCCGGCGAUGGCGUGCUGGCGGCAGUCAAUGGCAUCUGGGGGGAGCGAGUGGCGGACAUGGCAGAGAGGAUAGGCGCUCGGGUAAACACCAUUGUUGCACCCCCUGGGGGAUUCUUCACCAACAGAGAAAUCGAGCAGGCGUUAUCCAAACACAGGCCUGCGCUGUUUUUCCUGGCCCACGGAGAGUCAUCCACCGGCGUCCUACACCCGCUGGACGGCAUCGGACAACUCUGUCACAAGUACGACUGUUUGUUUCUGGUGGACUCUGUGGCAUCCAUGGGUGGAGCUCCAGUGUACAUGGACCAACAAGAGAUCGACAUCCUGUACACGGGUUCUCAGAAGGUUCUGAACGCCCCACCAGGAACAGCACCCAUCUCCUUCAGUGAGCGAGCACGUCGUAAAAUAUUCAACCGCAGCACAAAGCCGGUGUCAUUCCUCUUAGACCUGAGCUGGCUGUCAAACUACUGGGGAUGCAACGGAGAAGCCACCCGAGUGUACCACCACACGGGCCCUGUCUCCGCUUUCUACUCCCUCAGGGAGAGCCUGGCCAUCCUGGUGGAGGAGGGUCUAGAACAUUCCUGGGAGAGACACAGGAAAGUGGCUGAGUAUUUCCACACCUGUCUGGAACGUAUGGGACUCAAACUCUUUGUGGAGGAUAAGGCGUUGAGGUUGCCGACAGUGACGACAAUCAUGGCGCCACAUGGAUAUGACUGGAAGGAUAUCACAGCCUACGUCAUGAAGACGCACAACCUGGAGAUCUCCGGGGGGCUUGGACCCUCCGCCGGCAUGGUGCUACGCGUUGGUCUGAUGGGUUGCAACAGCAGCGUUUCGGGUGCGGACAUGGUGCUGGCAGCUCUGAGGGACGCGCUGACGCACUGUCACAAGAGCAAAGUUUGACUCUUAAGAUUAGAACAAUAAUAGUUUGACACUGUAACUUACAAUUUGACAUAAUUACUGACAUUUCUGUUCCAUUUUAAGCAUGAAAGGUGCUAUAUAAAUAAAGGUUUGAUUGAUUUGACUCUCACUCACACAGUUCUCCAACUAAGAGGCCAACACUGCUUGCUUCAAGCUGUUUGUUUACAGGCGUAUUCAAAACCUCUUAAUCUUUGAGAAUGAAAACAGACAACAUGAGUACAAUAUGAAAACAACAACAACAAAAUUAUAACUGUGGUCAUUUGUUUUUAUUUAAUA